AUGCUUCCAUGGCUAGCACACGGUCACAUCUCCCCCUUCCUCGAACUCGCCAAGAAACUAUCCACCAACACCAACAUCUCCAUCUACCUCUGCUCCACACCAGUUAACCUCAAAUCCAUAAAUCUCGACUCCAAUUCCUUCCCCCACAUACACCUCACCGAGCUCCACCUCCCCUCCGACCACCACGACCUUCCCCCACAUCUCCAAACCACCAAAAACCUGCCUUCCCAUCUGAUGCCCCUUCUCAAAACCGCCUUCGACCAAUCCUCCUCUUCCUUCUCCAGCCUUCUCGUCUCCCUCUCCCCCCACCUCCUUAUCUACGACUUUAUCCAACCUUGGGCUCCCCUCGCCGCUUCUCGACUUCACAUCCCCUCCAUCCUCUUUCUCCCUAUUGCCUCCUCCGCUUCGUCCUUCUUCUGCCACCACCUCCUCCGCCCGCCCCACAAUCAAUUCCCCUUUUUUGAAAUUCCGAAGAAGUCUGACUCCAUAGCAACGAUCACCAAAGUAACCAACGGCCUCUCGGAUUCCGAUCGCUUCCUUCAAUGCAUCAACAACUCCACAGAAUUCGUAGCUGUCAGGACUUUUAGAGAGAUUGAAUCGAAGUACAUUGAUUACCUCUCGUUACUCAUUGGGAAGGAGGUGGUUCCGAGUGAAAUGGUAGAGCUGGCCAUUGGGCUGGAGCGGUGCGGGCUCUGUUCCAUAUGGGUUGUGAGAUUCGAAGGUGGCGACUCACGACGGCCGACGGGGUUUACGUGGGACAGAGGAUUGGUGAUUGAGGGAUGGGCUCCGCAGAAGAGUAUUUUGGCGCAUCCGAGCGUGGGGGGCUUUGUUACCCAUUGCGGGUGGAGUUCGGUGAUGGAAGGGAUGAGACAGGGGGUGCCGAUGAUAGCGAUGCCGCUGCAACUAGACCAGCCGUUGAAUGCUGAGCUUAUGGUGGAGCUUGGAGUUGCUGUGAAGGUGGAGAGGGAGGAGGAUGGUGGGUUCAGGGGGGAGGAGGUGGCGAGGUGUAUAAGGGAAGUGGUGGUGCGGGAAGAAGGAGAAGGGGUGAGGAGAAAGGCGAAGGAGGUGGCAAGGAUUAUGGGGUGUAAAGAAGAUGAAGAGAUUAUGGUGCUGAAGGAGAGGAUUGAGGGACUUGUAAUGGCAGCUGAGAAUAAGAAUGGGACUGUGCAGUUCAAUUAG